GAAGCUUUAGAGAGGAUGAGUGGGACCGAUGCGGGGAAUACAGCUAAAAUAGCGGUGUGGUGGGACAUGAAGGACUGUCCGGUUCCAGAGGGUAUUGAUGCUCAUCGUGUUCGUCCGAGCAUAGAAGGUGGGUUCAGACAACUAGGCUACUCUGGUCCUGUCUCCAUCAGAGCCUAUGGAGACCACAAACAAACCCCUGACCACCAGCUACAAGCUCUCUCUUCCACUGGAGUCGCGGUGGUACAUAUCAGAUCUGAAAGCACGUGCGCAGUCAUGUAUAUGGAUAUGGUGAAAUGGCGAGAGGAUAAUCCUCCUCCGGCUACAAUGAUGAUGAUAACCAAUCAGAUGCUAGAUGUUUUCCAUUGGGAUCUGGCCCGGCUUCAACAACGCACGACUUACAACCUUUUUCUGGCUUAUUCAGUCCAACCUCGCGCAGUAUUGUACGUUCACACUCGUAAAGAGUGGCUCUGGGAAAAAUUACUACUUGGGACGACUGCGGCCGUGACAAGCAGCAGCGCAGACACGGCGGAUGAUGCCGUGUUUCACUGCAAAACGUGCUCUUUGGAUUGCCUAAGCCUUAAGAGUUUCAAGGAGCAUCUCUCCACUAAAAAACAUGCACUAGAAGAGGUUUUACACCCUACGCCUACACAAAUCAUAUCUGUAACGAGCAAGUGGGGAAAGAACUAUGCUGCUACGCCUGAAUAUGCGACAGCUAAAAUCCAUGUGUGUUGGAACAUGUCUGAAUGUCCUAUUCCCGACGGUUACGAUGCUCGUCGGGUCCGUCCCAGUUUGGAAGGAGCGUUCAAGGAACUAGGCUAUUCUGGUCCUGUCUCCAUCACUGCCUAUGGUGACCAUAAAAAAACCCCCAAAGGCCACCUUGAAGCCCUCUCUUACACUGGAAUCGAUGUUGCACAUGUCAUUCAGGAAGUCAUAUUCUCGCGCAUGUCUAGAGAUUUGAGGAAUUGGGGAUAUGACAAUCCCGCUCCGGCUACAAUGAUGAUCAUAUCGGAUGGCGCUGAGUAUGUCUUUGGAGAUACUAUUGCCCGGGAACAACAAUUUAAUAAGUACAACCUGUUUUGGGCUUAUUCUUUUAGGCCUCUGAAAAUGUCAAUCCUGCUCACUUCUGCCGAGUGGCUCUGGGAUAGCUUACUUGCAGUUUCAGAGACAAGAAGACAUGAUUUCCUUCGGAAGUGCAGUGGAAGUAGUAUUGAAAGGGUUGGUGAAUCUGCCGGAAUGUUUUAUUGCAAAGUGUGCUACUCUGAUUUCAAAAUCCUGGAUGAAUUCAUCAGACAUCUCUGGACUUUAAAUCAUCUCUGUGAUGAGGAGGAUAUUCGUGAUCGUCUUCGACAUAACAACAACCAGAGACUGCUAUCGCUUGCGGCAAGUGUUUUUUUCUUAAUGAUAAGUUUCUAAUAGAUUUUACAACAGAGACACCAACACUGUUUUUUUUUUUUCCAUUUUGUAGAAAGCUCUUUUCCCAGAGAGCAAGCUGGUUGAAGAAAGCUGCCCAGAAGAGGUUGCGACUGAAGAAGUGAUCAGAGUUAUCCUAUGAACCUAUCUUUAUUUUUCUUGUUCUGGUCUUAUGUUUCUCUGCUUGAAGUACUUUAGUUACUUUUCGGACUUACUUUUUUCUCGCUUGUUUAAUUCACCAAACAAUAUAAGUUUAAUCGUGUUACUGUAUGUGUAUUUGCAAUGGGCCUAACGGUUAUUAUUUUAGUGUUUCUUUACGAUGCUACAUUGAAUCUUUUUGUGUAUUAAACCUUCUUUCUUUAUA